AUGUCGCAUCAACACGAGGACUGGUUAGAAGCUUUGCCACUUGUUUUGCUAGGAAUUCGAGCGUCAUUCAAAGAAGAUAUUUCUGCGACUUCGAGCGAACUGGUUUACGGAGAACCUUUACGUCUACCGGGCGAAUUUUUUAAAUCCUCUGCACUGCCUGGGGGUAGUGAUCCGUCUCAAUUAGUCUCUCGAUUACAGAACAUUUUCUCGCAGCUACAGCCUACUCCAACAUCUCGGCACGGUACUCCUCGAGUGUUCGUCUACAAAGAGCUGAAGGACUGCGAGUACGUGUUCCUUCGUGAAGGGCCAUUUUUGAAAGCUCUGCAACCUCCGUAUGCUGGCCCUUACGAAGUUUUGCGGUGUUCGGAGAAGACAUUGGUGCUGAACAUCCGCGGGAAAUCCACGACUGUUUCCGUGGAUCGUGUGAAACCCGCAUUUUUAUUGGGCGAUCAACCUCCGUCGACUACCUCACACGUCUCGGCUUGUGUCUCUACGCGUGCUUCCAGUCCCGCAUCUCCAUCAUCAUCUACGCGGCGGACUCGUCAUGUUCAUUUUGCACCCACUACCUAG